GAGUAACAAGCUAGAGCUUCACUUUCCUAACAACACAUACUUUCUCUUCUACACACAUUGAGUGAGAAAAACAUAUACAUAUAUAUACAUCAUCAUGGCUCUUCACCUCUCUUGGGUUUUCAUUUUUGGCAUUCUAGGCAACGCUGUUUCAUUCAUGGUCUCCUUGGCUCCACUGCCAACAUUUUAUCAAAUAUACAAGAAGAAAACAUCCGAAGGUUUCCAGUCGAUUCCUUACGUGGUUUCACUCUUCAGUGCAAUGCUUUGGAUUUACUACGCACUGCUUAAGAAAGAUGCCAUGUUCCUCAUCACCAUCAACACUUUUUGCGUUUUCAUUCAGGCCUUUUACAUUGUUACUUACUUUCACUAUGGUCCCAAGAAAGAAAAGAUUAUGACAGUAAAGCUUAUGCUUCUCUUCAACGUUUUCGGAUUCGGAGUUAUCUUUCUUUCAACUUUCUUCCUCCCAAAUCCCUCGGUUCGUCUCCUAGUUUUGGGUUACAUUUGCAUGGCAUUCGCUUUGGCAGUGUUCGCCGCGCCUCUCGCCAUCGUGAGAAAAGUGAUUAAAACGAAGAGUGUGGAGUUCAUGCCUUUUACUUUGUCAGUGUUCCUUACCUUGGGAGCUAUCAUGUGGUUCUUCUAUGGCCUUUUGUUGAAAGACAUGAACAUUGCCGUUCCAAACAUUCUAGGGUUCAUCUUUGGAAUUCUCCAGAUGAUACUUUACGCAAUUUAUAGAAAUCAUCCCAAGAAAACGGUGGAAGAAUCCGAUCCAAAGCUUCAAUUAUCGGAUCGCUCGAUUGUUAUCUUCGAUGUUGCCAAGCUCGGUUCCAACGACGACAACAACAACGGUGGCGGAAUCGAAGGAAAUAAUGAUGCUUUGAACAAAGUUUAAAAACGUCUAUUUCAUGCUGUGAGUGCUAUCAAAAGAGGGUUCCACUUGGAGAUGUCUUGAGCUUACGUGUUUACUUUGAUUUUGCAUGGGGGAAAUAUGAGAUGAAGUUAAACCAUGCAAAAUAAUAACUUUAUAAAAAAAAUUAGCCUAAUAAUGUGGGUUUAAUUUCUUUGUCUUUUCAGUCAACAUCGUAAAAUCUUUGUGUCUCUCAUUUCAAAUCUAUAAUCACAUGUAUUAUGUAAUUAGUUUCACUUUUCCUGUUCUAUUAAUGAAAUGUUUAUAUUUUUAUGUUUUAA